AUGAUACCAAAACCAACCGAAGAUGACAUACCCAAACGUCGCAACAGUUUUGCAGACCUCUUCUUUGGACCUCGCGACAAUCUUGGUCUCAGUGGAAGCGACAGUAGCGAUGAGCAUCAUGCCGUAGUAUCGGCUCUGGAACAAGGUAGACGUCGAAGCAGUUUCCCCAACCUCUUUGGCAACAACAAUGAAACGAACACUGUUCGAGACACCUACAGUUUCAGCACCGACAAUCAAUUUCCGACCCGUACCAAUGACUUGAGGUAUGUGGAUCAGCGCGUCAAUUACAUGGACGUCGAGGCUGCCAACUACGACGAACCAAGCGACUCGUCGGACUACACUGCGAGUGAUACUUCCGCCGAAGCCUACCUGGAAGGCAGGCGCUUUCGUCCACCUCGCAAUGGAUCCAUUGGAUUGAUCCAGGAAGGACUGAACGCCCUGCGUAGUGGUAGACUGCCGCGGUCGGGGUCUUUGCCCUCCCUGACAGGAGGAAGCUCUAAGGCGUCUCGACAGGAAGAGCGGAAGCAACAAGAGAAGAGGAAAAGCCACUCCAUGUCCUUUUUAACAGAUAUGGAUGACAGUGAAUGUGACCAGAGAAGGAUAUCCAUUAUGGAAGUGGAGAAGGGCGUUCCUCUUGCUCCUCCUAGGAUUUGGAGCAAGGGCGGAGCGUGUUGCACCCACUUUUGGAGACUGUACUGGAAGCGUAUCGCUGUUUUGAUCUUCUUGGUGACGGCAACUGUUCUACUCACUUGGCUUCAUGUAGAGCUUCUGUUCAAACCAUUUGUUCGUCUUGUGACUGGCAAUUCGGGGAGAACUGCAAUCGUGGUCCCAGUGCCAGCAAAACCUACUGUCAAUGAAUGGCAUACCCACGCUCCCGUCUCGGCGCAACCAUCUACGGGUGUCUAUGCGAUCAACCGUCGCAGACUGGUGUUGGAGGAUGUCAUUGAACAGCGUCUCUUGCCGCAGCACCCAGACGAUCCGCACUUGAACUUGAUACAUCCCGUGGCUCGCAAAGCCAUGGCCUGGAUGACGGCAAAUGAUGUCAAGUCAAUGAAGCUUCUCGAUCAGUAUCAUUUCCACCACCACAAGAGAGAGCCUGUCCAGGUGAACAAACACGUCACCAUGAACGUGGAUGGGAUCAAGCAGUCGGACCAGAUUCUGGAACGGUAUAUCAGGGCAGUCUCGUACUUCAGAGAUCACCCAGAUGCCGAUGUGAAGAACACGUUCAUUUAUUAG